ACAAGGAUCGUUCCUAAGUUCCGGGAAAUGUUGUACUCCAGCUGUCUGCCUGAUGCGAGAGAACUAGGACAGAUCUGACUGAGGGAGUGGAAAAAAGGUUGGAUAAUCGUCGCCCAACUUGAAAGAAAAUAUUCAAAAGGAAUUUUAUUCUAUACGCUUUCCUUGGUUGCAACCGUAUUAAAAUCCUUGGCGGCCUUAAUCGUUUAUUUUUGGCGCACUAUCAAUCUUUGCAUUCUUGUUUCUUCCGGACUUUAUUGCCUGGCAGUAUGUCACGGUCUGACUUCCCCCCGGGUUACGAUAACGCUCAUGCCCCCCUCUACGGCCCCCCGGGUGGUGACUACCCCCCUCCACCUGCCUACGGUUUUCCAGGUUAUGGAGGUCCACAACCAGGCCAACCCUCUGCCCCCUACCCCUCUGGUCCUUAUGGUCCUCCUGCAGGAUACCCCAGCGGACCCUAUCCAGGCCAGCCUCAUCCAGCCGAACCAGUACCAGGCUACCAACCCUAUCCCACGAUGCCACCCAUUCCCCCCAUGAUUCCCCCUGUAAUGCCAAACAGUGUACUAAGCGGCGAUGGGGAGGGGUUUGCAGCAGGUGACUUUGACAGUCUGAAAGUGCGACACACCUUCAUUCGAAAGGUGUAUAUGAUCCUGGCCUCUCAGCUACUUGUCACAGUUGCCAUCGUGGCCAUCUUCACAUUUGUUGAUUCUGUUAAGGUGUUUGUGCAAAAGAACCCAGCUAUCUACUAUUCGUCAUUUGGUGUGUAUAUCGUCACCACCAUUGUGCUGAUCUGCUGCAAAGGGCCCAGGAGAAAAUUCCCAUGGAACAUCAUCCUGCUGGCCAUAUUUACACUGGCCAUGUCCUUUAUGACAGGGACCAUCUCCAGUUUCUAUAACACAAAGGCAGUGUUUCUGGCCCUAGGGAUCACAGUCAUCGUGUGUGUUAUCACCACAGCCUUCUGCUUCCAGACUAAGGUGGACCUCACUUCCUGCACAGGCCUGUUCUGUGUCCUUGGGAUCGUUGUUAUGGUGGCGGGCAUAAUCACAGCCAUCGUUCUCUCCGUCAAAUAUAUUCCUUGGCUCCACAUGGUGUACGCGGCUGUUGGAGCCGUCGUCUACACACUGUUUCUGGCGUACCACACGCAACUGUUGAUCGGCAAGGGGAAGAACUCUAUCAGCCCAGAGGAGUACGUUUUCGCAGCUCUCUCAAUCUACAUCGACGUUGUCCAGCUCUUCCUCUGUCUGCUGCAACUGUUCGGUGCAGCCAACAGAUGAGUCCCCCUGGAAACAACGUCCCUUGUCCUUUCCAGUCCCCCAUGACAGACUCUGGGCACCAGGGCCCAGUUUUACAAAAUUCACAGAAUUUCCCCAAUCAAAUAUAAUGUACAUUUUAGAAUUGGUUUAAAAUGUAUAAACUGAUCCUCCAGAUAAAUAUAUGCUGCAGAAUAAGUAGGUGGUAUAUUGUUACUGUAUAUUGGUUUCCAAGAUAACUUGUAUCCUUAUUUGUGAUUUGUAGGUAUUUUAUUGACAUUCAUGUAGAACUUCUUUCUGUUUCCUUAUUACAGUUACCAGGUAUUACCACAGUAGAUGGCAAUGUGUAGGCCUGAAACCAGAUUUUGUUUGCAUGUUAUUAUUAAGCUGAUCAUCCUUCAAAGCAGACCGAUCGGUUGUUGAAUAGAAAAAGAUAGGAUUACAGAAUCUGUUUCAGUCGAAUCUGAUAUAUAUAUUUUUUUAUGGACACUGGGUCCAAUUGGCUCUCAAUUAGCUGAAUGGACAUACUGGUAUUUUGAAUGGGAAUGUCCUUUCUAGCAUUCAAUUUCUAUGGUGCUGGCAGCGCUAAAGUGCAUAUCUAGCACCUUUCAUUGUCUUCUCUUCUGCUAAAAUGUAUCUGCUUGUAAAGGCAUGUAAUAAUACAGUGAGGUUGAAGCAUAUUUUGCUCUGUGCUCCAGCACUGGAUUGAAAGCAAUAUGAAGACUCUGAGGUUAAAGUGCAGACUAUCAGUUUGAAUCUUGGGGCAUUAGGUGACAUUUAGAAAUGACAGCAUAAUUUGUACACAGUCCCACAUUUUAGACAAACAGACGUUUUUGACGAGCCUAAUGCUCUUUUACCAUCUACCUGUCCAGUGAAGCAUAACAAUGCUUUAUCUUAAGUGAUGUUUUUAGCAAUUGCUAAAAGUAAGAACUAAAUUAAGCAUGUGACUGUGAGUGAAUUUGCGGUUUAUUUUAUUUAUUUGUGCACAGUAGAAAAGAAAGGUAAAUUAAAUUUUCAUUUUAGAGUAUUUUAUAGUAAAUAAGAACUGACUAUCAUGAAGGUUUAUCCAUAAACGUGAUACCAUCCACAUUAAUGUGGAGGUGUUGAGAAACAUGUAUUUGCAUUUACAAUAAAAUAAACGUGAAAUAGUAGAGGAUUUGCUACUUAUUACUGUUGGGCACAAAAUAUUUAGAAAUAGCCAUAAAAUGAGAUUUAGACAUAUAAUUUGACGUUCCCAAUAAAAGUGUACGGUCUAGAGUUACAAUGGACCAAAUAUUUAACUUCUGAUGUAGUAUACAUUGUGAAUUUGUUCAAAAAUAUUUCACUCCCUACAAAGUGUCUGUGUACAAAAUGUGCUGUAAAUGGUUAAACUAAUAUGAAUCUCAAAUAUCCUGAUAUUAAAGCUGUGGUCAUUUCUGGAGUACAGAGCAAAAACAAAUGUCACUGUCAAAACACUUUUGAAACAAACUUUAUAUGUAAACACACUGAAUGCAAGAUACUGCAAAUGAUGUACUAUUUAUUUCGAUUUAUCUCAAACAAUAUUUUACUUCCUUAACUUGUCCAAUAUGUUUGUGUCACUGCAACGAUGGGUUGUAUUUAGUAGCAGCAAAACACAAUGUAGCAAAUGGGGUGUUAGCUGGAGUUUCCAACAGAAUUUGCUGAAGGAAUACACUGCUUAUUUCAGUGUUGCUUUGAGACAAUUAUUUUAUUGCAUAACUUGAUAAGGUUGUAAUGAGCAGAUGCUCUGUGCUUGUUCUUUUUUUCCAUGCACUUUUUGGUACUGGUUUAGCUAACUGAUUUCAUUUUAAAGAUAUGCUUGAAUGUAAAUGUUUUUAAUAUUUUGUGAAAUUCUGUUGGCCUUGUUCUGAUGUCCCUAAAUUACUGCAAAAAGCAUUCAAAUCCAAGGUUCUUUCUGCCUGAAUGAAGAGGGAACAUGUUAGGACUAUGGAGAUAAGAUGAUUGACUAUUGAUACACCAAAAGCAUAUUAAUAGAUUGCUUUUAACAAAAUAUGUAAAGUUUCAGUCUGGGACUUUUUUUUUUUUAAACCUCCCAUUUUGGGCAUGAUAUGUAACAUAUUGUCAAUGUGCAUAAUCUUUAAGUAGAAUCAUUAUAAUACCUCAGGCUUGAAAGUUUAAAAGCAAGCGCUUGUGAUGACAUGGGGCAAAUACAUGAUAUAGAACAAUUUUCAGGGACUUGUUUUGGCUCUUUAACGCUAACCCUAAAAUGCUGUUAUAGAGGUAUUAUGAGAAUAUGGUAUGUGAGAAGAAAGUGUCUAGGAAAAGUGGGAUGCCCUGGAUGAUAGACAAUUUUCUCUCAACUGAACCAGUUUGAGGGUAGUUCAAGUGGAUUCUUCCCAGUAAAGUGGUAAAGGUUUUACUUCCCACUUUAAGACUGCAACGUAAGUAGAACUGGCAUACGAUUGUAGAAGUGAGUUUAGGUGUUCUUUGCUUUGCUACCCUCCAGCAGAGGUGUAUUUCGUGUUCCAACCCAACAUAACAUAUGAGCACGGAAAAACUCAUGCAGACUAAAGGAAAAGCUAACAUUUACUCAGAAUACCUUCUUAAAAACAUCUAACUGAAUGUAUGUUUGAGUAUGGCUUCUACCAAUUCUAUGAUCCAUUCCAGUGGAUCCUCAAUCUUAUGUUCUAUGGGAAGGCUCAAUGCCAUUAUCCUUGCAAGGAGAUGCACAAAGUUUGAGAAAUGUGUUAAUUGGGAUUCCCUUGAUUCAUUAAUGAAGUACAAUGUAUUAUGCUUGUUGUAAAAUGACAAUAUGUCAUUGCCUGUGUUUAUUUUAGUACAGCCUUUUAUGCCUGUCAUUUUUGAGGUAGCUAUAGGCUAUUAUGUAAAAUAUAGGUCCAUUAUCUUUUCUAUAUUCUUUUGAUUUGCACAGUUUCAUUUCACACUAAGAUUGCAUUUUCUGGAUGGAAAAAUGUUUAUAAAAAUAAUGUAAUAUAUUUUUAUUGGAUUUAUUUGCAAUGCUAUCCCACAGCUUAUCUAGACCCAUGAAGUGUAACAACCUAGUAUUUCGAACAGCCUUGGUCUACAUAUAAAUCUUAGAGUCUGUGUUCACACAGGCAACCUAAUUCUUUCAUAGUCUCAAGUGGUUAGUCUUGCCAUUAAUCAGAUAUUUUAUACCAUACAAUCUCAGCUGAUCUGAUGAGUCAUAAGAACAAUGGGUGGAAAAAAACAAAUGGGCAGACAGUUUAAACUAAGAGCCUUUGAAACCGUCACAAUCCAGACAGGGACGUUUACAAUCAACACAUUCCAUGAAGAUAAGUCGCUGCUAGCUUGGAGGACAGUUUGCCAAAGUAUAUUAGUUUAUUUUUUUUGAUUGAAACGUCUGUAUUGACUCCUAUAUCCAAUAAACAUUUUGAAAUUUCA